AUGGCUCCAUAUACGUUGUUGAUCUAUGUAAUGAUCUUUUGGAUGAGAAGCUGCAAGGCUGAAGUUCGGAGCAAGAAUUUGGCUUGCCAUCUGGAGAUGAUAAAAUUAUUUGAGGAAUAUGAAUACAUUCAGGAAGGAGACAUUAUACUUGGUGGGAUAUUAACAGUGAACUCCUAUAUAUCAUUGUUUAAAAACCCAGAGGAUAAAUCCAACAAGAUGCUGUGUAUGGAAGUCAUGCCUCAAUAUUAUAGACAGUUUAUAGAUUUUCAAUAUUUUAUUGAACAAACAAACAAUGCAGCCAUAUUCCCCAACCUGACUCUGGGGUACCAUAUAUAUGAUUCCUGUGGAGACCCGCGGAAGGCUAUAAAGAGUGUAUUACAGAUAUUAUCUGGUACCAGGGAGCCGGUUCCUAAUUACUCCUGUGUGGGAAAGGGAACACUUGCUGGAUUUAUUGGGGAUCUCACCUCAGAGACAACUGUACCCAUAGCCCAGAUACUGACUCUGUAUGGAUAUUCCCAGAUCAGUUAUGGAGCUACAGACCCAUUACUGAGUGACAGACUCACCUUCCCAUACUUCUUUAGGACAGUACAAAGUGAUCACCAUCAUUGUUCUCUUCUAACGGAGCUACUGAAGUAUUUUGGCUGGACUUGGGUUGGAGUUGUUAGAUUCAAUGAUGAUGCCGGAGACAGAGAAUUCCAACUUCUGACCAAAUAUUUCUCUAACAACGGAAUAUGUAUUGAGUUCACAACAAAGAUAAAUAUUGAUAAAGACACAAAUUCAACUUACCACUACAUUGAUAAACAGAAGGAGAGCCUUCAAAAAUCCACCACCAGUGUAAUUGUAGUUUGUGGAACGGUGUCUACAGCAAUAGCUUGGGAAUUCAGUAUAUUAAAUGAUGUUCUCAGAGAGAAGACAUUAGUUCUCACUACUAACUGGGCAGCCAAUCAUAUCAUGUAUAUUGCUAGAGAAGUGUUUAAUGGCAGUUUGGGGUUUAUGCAGCGUUCACCAUAUAAACUAAGUAGCCCCAAAGUGAAAGCUUUCAUAGCGAGCAUCCAUCCUUCCAAAUAUCCCAAAGACAAGUUGCUUGAAGAUCUUUGGAUGCAAUAUAAAUUGUGUUACUCGAGUAACAGAUAUAAAAAUAACCUUUAUAAAUAUUUGUACCCUGAAUAUCGUCUGUACAACUGCACUGGAGAAGAACGUAUUCAGGAAAUUUUGAAUAUUGACAAUAUCUUACACUCCCCCCGGGUGCACCUUGCAGUCAAUCUGCUGUCUCGUGCAAUUUAUAACAUGCACAUGUCCCUCAGUAAGCUAAACCCCAAACAGGACAGAAGAUUGUAUAAUUACAGGUAUCAGUUACAUCACUACUUGAAGAUUCUUAGAUAUCCAGUCCAGUGGUCUCCUUACAUUUUUGAUGGAAAUGGAGAGUUCAAAAGUCAAUAUUUCAUAUAUAACUACAUGAUUGAAGCUAAACAACAAGUAGAUGUGCAAUAUUUUGAAUUUAACCCACUGGCUCCAUCAGAACAGAAACUUAUUCCAGCCAAUGUAAAAUGGAAAACAGGCCAGAAGCCAAGAGCUCAGUGCUCAGACAACUGCCCAAUUGGUUUCAGGAAAGCAUCAAAGACGGGGACCUGUCCCUCCUGUUAUAAUUGUGCCCAGUGUUCAGAGGGGGAGAUCUCCAAUGUAACAGAUAGCAAAAACUGCAUCAGAUGCUCACCCAUGGAAUGGCCCAAUGAGAUGAGGAAUCAGUGUGUUUCUAAAACAGAGGCGUUUCUAUCCUACACAAAUGAUGUGAUUUCUAUAUUUUUACCAUUUCUUUCUGUUUUGCUGUCCCUAAUUACUGUGCUCAUACUGGCAAUUUUCAUUAAAUACCGGGACACCCCCAUAGUGAGAGCCAACAACAGGAGCCUGAGCUUCCUCCUCCUUGUCUCCAUCAAGCUGAGCUUCCUCAGUGUGUUUCUGUUCCUCGGUCGCCCUGUGGAUAUAACCUGCAUGCUGCGUAACAUCACUUUUGGAAUCACCUUCUCCAUAGCUGUCUCUUCUCUCCUGGCCAAGACUAUCAUGGUUUGUGUUGCUUUCAAAGCCACCAAGCCAGGGAGCUCAUGGAGAAAAUGGGUGGGAGUCAAACUGUCCAAUUCUGUAGUCUUGUUCUGCUCAUCCAUUCAAAUAAUAAUCUGCAUGACUUGGUUGUCCAUUUCUCCUCCCUUUCAGGAACUGGACCUUCACACUUACCCUGGAACCAUCAUCAUUCAGUGCAAUGAGGGCUCAGCUAUUGGCUUUUACUCAGUUAUUGGGUAUAUGGGGCUUCUGGCAGCUGUUAGUUUUGUUUUAGCAUUUUUAGCUCGGACAUUACCGGACAGUUUUAAUGAGGCCAAGUACAUCACUUUCAGCAUGUUGCUCUUCUGCAGUGUUUGGAUCACAAUGAUCCCGGCCUAUCUGAGCACCAAAGGCAAAAACACUGUGUGUGUGGAGAUAUUUGCCAUACUCACCUCAAGUGCUGGACUUUUAGCCUCUAUAUUUCUGCCCAAAUGUUACAUUAUUUUAAUUAGACCUGAAAUGAACACAAAAACCAAUUUACUAGGAAACAAAAACAAAAUAACCUCCAAAGUCAAACAGCACAUAGGUUUUAAUUAUAUGUUUUUUGCAUAA